CCCAAUAUUCUUUUUACAAUAAAAUACAAACCCAAGCAAUUAGAAUUGCCAGAGCUAUUUCCCCACGGUCACAGUUGUGCUGUAUGUGGCAAGGUCAAAUGCAAGAGGCACAGACCCACUUUGCUUCUGGAAAACUAUCAGCCAUGGUUGGAUCUGAAAGUGCCUUCCAAGGUUGAUGCAUCACUUUCAGAGGUGCUUGAGUUGGUGCUGGAAAACUUUAUUUAUCCAUGGUACAGAAAUAUUACUGAUGAUGAAUCCUCAGUGGAUGAACUGAGAGGCACUCUGCGGUUUUUUGCAUCUGUUUUAGUUCGGAGAAUUCACAAGGUGGAUAUUCCAGCUGUUGUAACAAAGAAAAUGCUCAAGGCAGCAAUGAAACACAUUGAAGUGAUAGCCAAGGCCAGGCAGAAAGUAAAAAAUGCAGAAUUUUUACAGCAAGCUGCUUUAGAAGAAUAUGGACCAGAACUCCAUGUUGCUUUGAGAAGCCGAAGAGAUGAACUUCACUACUUAAGAAAACUUACUGAACUUCUUUUUCCUUAUAUUUUGCCCCCGAAGUCAACAGAGUGCAGAUCCCUGACUCUUCUAAUAAGAGAGAUCCUGCCUGGUUCUGUUUUCCUUCCCUCAAUGGAUUUUUUAGCUGAUCCUGACACUGUCAACCAUUUGCUGCUGAUCUUCAUUGAUGAUAGUCCACCUGAGAUAGCAACUGAACCUACUUCUUCAUUGGUUCCAUUCCUUCAGAAAUUUGCAGAGCCAAGAAAUAAAAAACCAUCUGUCCUGAAACUGGAGCUAAAGGAGAUCAGAGAUCAGCAAGACCUUUUAUUUCGGUUUAUGAACUUCCUGAAACAGGAAGGGGCAGUCCACGUGCUGCAGUUCUGCCUGACUGUAGAGGAAUUCAAUGACCGAAUCUUGCGACCAGAACUAUCAGAUACUGAAAAGAUGUCUCUGCAUGAGGAAGUACAGAAAAUUUACAAUACUUAUUGUUUGGAUGAAAGCAUUGAUAAAAUUAGAUUUGACCCUUUUAUUGUGGAAGAGAUUCAAAGAAUUGCUGAAGGUCCAUAUAUGGAUGUUGUGAAACUUCAGACUAUGAGGUGUCUUUUUGAAGCUUAUGAGCAUGUACUUUCUCUACUUGAGAAUGUUUUUACUCCUAUGUUCUGUCACAGCGAUGAGUACUUCAGACACCUUCUAAGAGGAGCAGAGUCACCAACACGCAAUUCAAAGUUUAACAGAAGUAGCCUGAGUUUGGAUGACUUCCGGACCACACAGAAGAGAGGAGAAUCGUUUGGAAUCAGCAGAAUAGGCAACAAAAUAAAAGGUGUGUUCAAGAGUUCUGCAAUGGAAGGAGCUAUGUUGCCUAACUACAACUUGAACGAAGGAGAAGAUGACUUUAUUGAAGAAGGUGUUAUGGUGAUGGAAGAUGAUUCUCCUGAGGAGCCUGUUAGUACCCCAAAUACACCCCGCAACCUUGCCGCAUGGAAAAUUAGCAUCCCAUAUGUAGAUUUUUUUGAUGAUCCCUCCUUGGAAAGAAAAGACAGAAAGGAGAGAAUCCCUGUGUUCUGCAUUGAUGUAGAGAGAAAUGAUAGAAGAGCAGUUGGGCAUGAACCUGAACACUGGUCUGUGUACAGGAGGUAUCUUGAAUUUUAUGUGCUUGAGUCGAAGCUAACGGAAUUUCAUGGUACAUUUCCUGAUGCUCAGCUUCCUUCAAAGAGAAUCAUUGGCCCCAAGAACUAUGAGUUCUUAAAAUCCAAGAGAGAGGAGUUUCAGGAAUAUCUGCAGAAACUUCUGCAACAUCCAGAACUAAGUAACAGCCAGCUUUUAGCUGACUUCCUGUCCCCUAAUGGAGGAGAGACUCAGUUUCUUGAUAAAAUGUUGCCUGAUGUGAACCUUGGUAAAAUUAUAAAAUCUGUUCCAGGAAAGUUGAUGAAAGAGAAAGGUCAGCAUUUGGAGCCGUUCAUUAUGAAUUUUAUCAACUCCUGUGAAUCUCCCAAGCCUAAACCAAGUAGACCUGAACUUACCAUUUUGAGUCCCACUUCUGAAAAUAACAAGAAGCUUUUCAGUGAUUUAUUCAAGAAUAAUGCAAACCGGUCUGAGAAUACAGAAAGACGACAAAAUCAGAACUACUUCAUGGAAAUGGUGACAGUAGAAGGGGUCUAUGACUACUUAAUGUAUGUUGGCAGGGUGGUUUUCCGCAUUCCUGACUGGCUGCAUCACCUCUUGAUGGGAGGAAGAAUUCUCUUCAAAAAUACACUGGAACUGUACACAGACUAUUACUUGCACUGUAAGCUAGAACAGCUAUUUCAGGAGCACCGCUUGGUUUCUCUGAUAACGCUGCUGAGAGAUGCUGUGUUCUGUGAGAACACUGAACCUCGCUCUCUCCAGGACAAACAGAAGCGAGCAAAGCAGACGUUUGAAGAAAUGAUGAGAUACAUUCCAGAUUUAAUAGGCAAGUGCAUUGGGGAAGAGGCUAAAUACGAAGGCAUCAGGCUUCUGUUUGACGGAAUGCAGCAACCAGUGCUCAACAAGCAGGUAACUUACAACGCGGAAGGAACUUGCCUUUUGUCACAGAAUUUCCUGAAGUGA